UUUGCAACUCAAGAGUACCUACGUUUUACAAUAUAAAUGUCGAUCGAUCGGAAUUGGAUUCAAGAGUAAGCCCUGUGGUCAGCGAAAAACGAUAGAAGUUUUUAAUGGUGUAACAAACAGACAAUUUUCUAGAUUGUAAACGUACUUAUGUAAUAAAGUGUCUUCUAUAUAGUGACUUAUAUACCUUACCUAUGUAGACAAUGUGUUUAUAUAGUCAAAUUACCUUAUAUUUGUAAAACUGUGUUUAAAAUAUUUGAAUCAUCAUUUUGAAGACUAUGUGACCUUAUUGUGAAGUCAAUGAACGAAAAUAUAGUAUGUUUUGUAAAAAUAGUGCUCAAUCUGCCACCAUAGAAGCACAAAAUAAGAAAUUAGAUGACCAGCAAAGGUUGAUUGAAAAAUGUUCGAUUACAAUAAAUGAACAAAAUAAGGUAAUCGAAGAUUUGUCUACAAAAAUUAAUGCAUUGCUUGACUCAAAAUGCAACCCGAAGAGCGAAACAGAAACUUGGCCCAAACUGGUGCGAGGGAGCGAGACCAAUAUAGUGCCUGAUGAUGCGGUAUCAACAGUGGCAACUGUGACGGAACGCGCCCGGCGUGCGGAGGAGCGGGCCAAGAAGAAUAAGGACGCGGCUAUACUGCAUAGGCGACAGCGGGUUAAAGAAAUCGAAAAUUCAAAUGCAAUUAUUGAUUUCAAUAAUUCUAGCAAUGAAGAGGAGGAAUGGAAAGAGGUAACCAGUAAAAAGAAAAAAUCUAAGGCCUAUCCUAAAGUCAUCAGUAAGGGAGGGAAUAUGCAAAUUUCGUCAAUUCAAGCGAUUGAGAAGAAGAAGUUUUUGCAUGUCUGGUCACUUCAUAUUGAUACGUCUGAGGACACUAUUAUAGAACACGUGACUAAAGUAUGUGAUUCAAAGGAUGUGAAGGUGGAAAAAAUUAUUCCAAAAACUAAAAGAGACUAUUCGUCAUUCAUGGUGGGAGUCCCUGAAUCAAAAUUUGAAUUAAUAAAUAACUCUGAAAAUUGGCCGUUGAAUACUCGUUUUAAUGAGUGGGUGUGGUUUCGGAACUACCGAAACAAAUCCGAAAAUGCCAAAAAUGGCCAAUAAUAUCUUAAAAUUAUUUUAUCAAAAUGUGAGAGGACUAAGGACCAAAACACAAACUUUUAAUAACAAUUUGGCAGCAUCGAACUAUGACAUCGUGGCCAUAACUGAGACAGGCCUUAAUUCGUCAAUGCAUGAUGGGGAAUUAAUCCCGCCUGGAUUUAACGUGCUUCGGUGUGAUCGGAUGGACGGAAGAAAACAGGGAGGUGUGUUGUUGGCGGUUAGAUCGAGGUUUCAACUUGCACGGCUUCCCGCUGACAAUGUGGACACCGCCUUAUUCGAACUUGUGUGCGCGACAGUAAAUUCUCGGAAUAACAACUGUUUAUUUUUAUGUUGUGUUGUAUAUAUUCCUCCUAAGUGUGAUGCUGAACAAUAUAUGCACUUGUUCCGUAUUUUAGAAAACAUUUGCAUUAAAUAUGAGAAAGUGGUGGUGAUCGGUGAUUUCAAUAUGCCUUCGGCAACUUUGGAGGUAAACAGUUAUUUUGAAUAUAUGAGCGCUUUCUGUGGAUUUCAACAGGUAAAUGAGAUUGUUAAUAUUAAUAACUGUAAGUUAGACCUACUAUUGACAACACUAUUGCCCGGCGACAUAAAGGUACAUUUAGCUGACGAGUCGUUAGUGAGUGUAGAUGUGCAACAUCCACCGUUAAUGGUGACCUUAUGUUUUAGUGGACAUUUUGGAGGGUCGUCAUCAUCGCAGACUUCUUUCGACAGUAGUCAACACAAUGAUAACCAUUCAAUGUGGAAUUUUAAAAAAGCAAACCUUUGUCAACUGUAUCAUGAUUUACAAUUGAUGAAUUGGGAUUUGAUUUAUGACACGCAAAGUUCAAACUUAGCAUUAAAUUAUUUUUAUGACAUAGUUAACAAUUGUAUUAAUUUAUGCGUUCCUAGGAAAAAUGCCAGUAAAUCGUACAAAAAUAAGAGGACUUAUCCCGAAUGGUACACGUCGGAUAUAAUAAAGGAUAUUAGGACAAAAUGGAGACAUCACAAAUUAUUUAAAAUUACGUCAUCUUUAAGUGAUUACGAAACGUUUUCUCGUUACCGGUCAAUAGUGAAACGUAAAAUAUCAGCUGCAUAUCAGGAGUAUCAACAUAAGUUGCAAAUAAAUUUUAAGGACGAUCCAAGGUCAUUUUGGACAUUUGUUCGAACUAAACAAAUGCGUAGGAAUAAACCCAAGAUAACCAAGGACAAUUUAGUGAUUACGGAGGAAGAAUCUGCGGAAUGUUUUGCUAGAUAUUUCCACUCGGUAUAUAGUAAAAAGCGACCGGCGCUUGAUACUCAUGCGGCGGAGCGAGCUGCGAGAGGUGGUUGCGCAGGUGCGGACUCUGCACGCGUACACAUUGACUAUCUUACCAGGAGAGAUUUAUGUACGGCUUUUCAGCGACUUAAGCCUAAGUACUCAGUGGGUCCAGAUGGAAUACCACCAUUCGUAGUGAAGGACUGUAGUUCUGUUUUUCUGAAACCGUUGCUACACAUUUUUAAUUUGUGUUUGAGUGAAGGCCGCUAUCCGGAUUGCUGGAAAAUAACACGAGUAAUUCCGGUUCCAAAGGGAGGUAAAGGGUCAGAUAUCGAAGGAUAUCGCCCGGUAGCAGUGUUGUCGGCCUUUGCUAAGAUUUUUGAGUCUAUUUUACAAAAACGGAUUUACUCACAGGUUGGGCAAACAUUUUCCGAGGCUCAACACGGUUUUCGGGUGGCACGUGGGACGGGGAGUAACCUUCUCUCUUUUAUGUCAUACGUGACGCCAGCUGUAGACGCCGGUGGGCAGGUAGACGUCGCUUAUUUUGAUUUCAGGAAAGCAUUUGAUACAGUAAACAACGAUAUUUUACUUGCGAAAUUGUCCAAAAUAGGUUUCACCCCUCAUUUGCUUAAGUUUUUUGCAAGCUAUCUGGGGGAUCGUCGCCAGUUUGUGGAGUACGCAGGGCGAAGGUCUAAACCGUAUUAUACAUACUCGGGCGUCAGUCAAGGGAGUAAUCUUGGUCCACUGGAGUUUUUAAUUAUGGUUAAUGAUCUCCCUGAGGUCGUGCGCAGUGCGCGGUGCUUGCUAUUCGCGGAUGACCUAAAGGUCUUUCUGCAGGUCGAGGACUCCGUGGGCUGUGCUCGGCUUCAGCAAGAUCUUGAUCAAGUAGUACAAUGGAGCCGGGAUAAUGAGCUGUAUUUUAACGUGGCCAAAUGUUGUGUGAUGACGUACACUCGCGCCCGCUCUUCAAUUUGCUAUCAGUAUCAAAUAGAUGGUGCAAUAAUGCCACGUGUCUCAAACGUCCGAGAUCUAGGGGUUCACAUGGUGACCGAGCUAACGUUUCGCAAACACGUCACGGAUCUAUGUAGCAAAUCUUUUAGACAUUUAGGGUUUAUAUUGAGACAGGGUCAUGAUUUUAAAAAUAUAGCGGUACUUAAAAUUCUAUAUAAUGCAUUGGGGACAAAUGCCCUAAGACAAGACAUUGGUUAA